CUCGCGUCGAGACAACUAAACGGAAUGUCAACAACGUCAUUCAUUUAAAAGUUUGCGCGUGUCGAAGACGGUGGUUCAUAAAUAAAAUAAAUGCUUUUCGUUAAUUAAACAUUACUGCGUCUUGGUUUUAUUUAGUUAAAUCGCAGUCUAGCUUUAACUAGUAAAUGUUAGCUAGAAGUUGCGUUGAUAGUUUGUAAUUUGGACACGUGACAUAUAGGCUAAGUUUUAGUAAACAAGGUAGAAUAAUGUCUGGUGGUAAAGUUUUGGUGAUCGGCAGCGGCGGUCGGGAGCAUGCGUUAUGCUGGAAGCUGGCAGACUCCCCGUUUGUGGAGCAAGUAUACUGUGCACCCGGUAGUGUGGGCAUCGCAACAACAAACAAAGUUGAGUGCGUCGAACUCAACAUCAAGGACUAUCCAGCAAUAGCACAAUGGUGCAAAGAACACGAAAUCGAUAUUGUGGUGGUCGGUCCAGAGGAUCCUCUUGCCAAUGGUAUCGUGGACAACCUGACUUCUUUGGGCAUCAAAUGCUUCGGGCCAACGAAGGCUGGAGCUCGUAUAGAAGCUGACAAGGACUGGUCCAAGAGCUUCAUGAACAAGUAUCAGAUACCGACAGCGAGGCAUAAGUCGUUUACUGAUGCUGCAGCGGCUAAGGAGUUUAUUAACACCGCUCCCUUCCCGGCUCUGGUAGUAAAGGCCUCAGGGCUCGCUGCUGGCAAAGGUGUGGUGGUCGCAGCCAACAAGGAGGAGGCUUGCCAGGCAGUAGAUGAGAUCCUCACAGACGCCAAGUAUGGCGCAGCUGGGCAAGUUGUGGUGGUUGAAGAGCUGCUUGAAGGAGAUGAAGUUUCUAUCCUAGCCUUCACAGACGGAGAGACAGUAUCCAUGAUGCCACCAGCUCAGGACCACAAACGUGUCGGUGACGGUGACACAGGCCCCAACACUGGUGGCAUGGGUGCCUACUGCCCAUGUCCUCUCAUCACUCCUGACCAGCUUCUGGAUGUCAAGGAACAGGUCCUCCAGAGAGCUGUCGAUGGAUUGAAGGCUGAGGGCAUUAAAUAUGUUGGUGUCCUAUACGCCGGCAUGAUGGUGACCAAGUCAGGGCCAAUGACCUUGGAGUUCAACUGCAGGUUCGGAGACCCAGAGACGCAAGUGCUAAUGACGUUACUGGAGACAGACCUUUACAAGGUCUUUAAGGCCUGUGUGGAGGGCAACUUACGUCAGCUCCAAGUGACAUGGAACACCAAGCUGUCUGCCGUCGGUGUCGUCAUCGCGUCCAAGGGAUACCCUGAGACAUCUACCAAGGGCUGCGUUAUCAGCGGUCUAACCCAGGUCCAAUGUACUCCGGGGCUAGUGGUAUUCCACAGCGGUGUGGCUCGUGGGGCAAACGGUUCACUAGUGACAUGGGGAGGGCGCGUCCUCCUAGUGUGCGCUCGCGCCGCGUCCCUGCGCGCCGCCGCGGCCGCCGCCACCGCCGCUGCCGCGCAGGUCGACUUUCCCGGCGCGCAUUACCGGAAAGACAUCGCACACCGAGCCUUCACCAAAAUCAACGGACUGUCCUAUCUACAAAGUGGCGUGGACAUAGACGCUGCGGCAACUCUAGUUCGUCAGAUAGAGCCCAUCGCGACUGCCACCCACCGACGGGGGGUUCUUGGCAGACUGGGCUGCUACAGCGGCCUGUUCCAACUAUCGGCCAUGGACCCUAGCUUGAAGGACCCCGUGCUGGUCCAAGGCACUGAUGGUGUUGGAACUAAGCUUAAGAUCGCAGAACUAAUGCAGAAAUACGACACGUUAGGCCAAGAUUUGGUCGCUAUGUGCGUGAACGACAUUCUAUGCGCCGGCGCAGAGCCAUUCGCGUUCUUAGACUACAUGGCGUGUGGCAGGCUGCAAGUUGAUGUCGCUACUACCAUUGUGAAGGGCAUCGCCGACGCUUGUAUGUUGUCUGGGUGCGCUUUGUUGGGUGGUGAGACAGCAGAAAUGCCUUCGAUGUACGAGAUAGGUAAGUACGACCUGGCCGGGUUUGCAGUCGGCGUGGUAGACAACCUCAAGCAACUACCGCGCUCCAAGGAGAUCCGUCCCGGGGACGUCGUGCUCGCCCUGCCAUCUACCGGCGUGCAUAGUAACGGAUACAGUCUGGUACAGAAGAUCAUGAUGGAAACUGGACAUAGAUACAAUGAACCAGCUGCCUUCAGCACCACAAACAAGAGUUACGGAGAAGAGUUCCUCGUCCCCACUGGUAUCUACGUAAAGGCUUUAUUACCUGCCAUUAAGAAGCAGCUCAUCAAAGGCCUGGCCCAUAUCACUGGUGGAGGCCUACUAGAGAACAUUCCCAGGAUCCUACCUCCUGGCAUAAAGGUCAAGUUGGACGCUACCAAGUUCAAUAUUAAGCCUGUUUUUGGAUGGUUGCAAGCUAAAGGAGUGGUAUCAGACUUCGAGAUGCUCCGUACAUUCAACUGUGGUGUGGGUAUGGUUGUGAUCGUGGACCCAGUCUGCGUGAAGGAGCUACUGGACUGUGUGGACGAUGAGAUAGCCAUUGUAGGUGUCGUCGAGGCUAUGGGCAAGGAAGGAGGACACCAAGUAGUCGUGGAGAACUUCAAAGAAGCGAUGCAUCCACUCACAUCUCCAUACGUGGUUGGAGAUAGGGCGUCUCCUCAAAAGUCACUCUCCUACAAGGACAGUGGAGUGGACAUUGAGGCUGGAGACUCUCUUGUGUCUCUUAUCAAGCCUCUGGCCAGAUCUACAUCACGUUCAGGAGUUCUGGGUGGACUCGGAGGUUUUGGAGGUUGCUUCCAAUUGAAGGCCGUUGAAGAAGAAUACAAGGAUCCCGUCCUAGUACUAGCAGCUGAUGGAGUUGGUACCAAGCUGAAGAUAGCACAGAAGAUUAACCAGCACAGUACAAUCGGUAUCGACCUGGUCGCCAUGUGUGUGAACGAUAUUCUUUGUAACGGGGCGACGCCACUUACGUUUUUGGAUUACUUCGCCUGUGGGUCAUUGGAUGUGAAUGUAGCGAGGAAUGUUGUUUCUGGAGUCGCUGAGGGAUGCCGCCAGUCUUCCGCCGCUUUAAUUGGUGGUGAGACGGCUGAAAUGCCCGGUAUGUACGAGCCAGGAGUUUAUGACAUCGCCGGGUUCGCACUUGGAGUCGUAGAGAGGUCCCAAAUAUUGCCCAAGAUCAACGAUAUCGCGGUGGGAGAUAUAAUCAUUGGUCUGCCAUCGAAUGGAGUCCACAGCAAUGGUUUCAGUUUGAUCCACAAGCUGAUGAAGAAGUCCGGCCUUACGCUCAAUGACAAAGCUCCCUUCAGCAAAGAAGGACUGACUUUGGGCGAGGAGCUGAUAAAGCCGACGCGCAUCUACGUGCGCAGCGUGAUGGGCGCGCUGCGCAGCGGCCGGGUCAAGGCGCUCGCGCACAUAACGGGCGGCGGCCUGCUCGAGAACAUCCCGCGCGUCAUCCCCGCCGCCGUGCGGGCGCGCCUCAACGCGCACUGGUGGCACGUGCAUCCCGUGUUCUCAUGGAUCGCGGACGCUGGUGCGGUCCAGGACGAGGAGAUGCUAAGGACCUUCAACUGCGGUAUCGGUAUGGUGCUGAUCGUGUCCCCUGAAGACCAGGCUGAGGUAAUGAACACAACACGUGCUUUCGGCGCGAUGGUAAUCGGAAGUAUACAGAAGCGUCCAGCAGGUGGCGCCCGAGUAGUUGUAGACAAUUUCGCCUCAGCCAUGGACUUCACGAGAAGAAUGCCGCUCUUACCUAAGAAGAAAGUAGCAGUACUAGUAUCAGGCAAUGGUAGCAACUUGCAAGCUCUACUGGACACGACCCGCGAGGCGGCGCAGUGCAUGUGUGCGGACAUAUGUCUCGUCGUCAGCAACAAGAAGGACGCGUACGCAUUGCAACGCGCUGAGAAAGCUGGGGUUCCGUCUUUGGUAUUCAACCACAAAGACUACGCAUCCCGGGAAGAGUUUGACCGCGCCGUGUCAGAAGCUCUCGAGGCUCACAAGGUAGACAUCGUGUGCCUCGCCGGCUACAUGAGGAUCCUGUCCGGAGAGUUCGUUAAGAAAUGGCACGGCCGUCUCCUGAACAUCCACCCGUCUCUGCUCCCCCGGCACCCGGGCCUCAACGCGCAGAAGCAGUGCCUCGACGCCGGCGACAAGGAGAGCGGCUGCACCGUGCACUUUGUUGAUGAGGGCAUGGACACCGGCCCGAUUAUCCUGCAAGAAAGAGUACCAGUUCUGCAGAAGGACACGGUAGAAUCUCUGACUGAACGCAUCCAUGAAGCGGAGCACCGCGCAUACCCGCGCGCCCUGCGCCUCGUCGCCACCGGCAGGGUGCGGCUCAACCAUCAGGGCACCCUCAUGUGGUACUCUUAGGGUAAAGAGUCCUAAGAC